AUGGACAGUAUUUCCUCAGGCUCUUCUCUGCAGUUCCUUGCCAAACUACUUCGUGAUUCUCAAGAAGAAGAAGAUGAUGAUGAUGAUGAACAUGUGCCAUGCUGUUCUGUUAGCACCAUGACUCCUGGUUGUAUUGGACCAGUAAAGAAAGAAACUGCUGGUACUUUUCAAGUGAAAUCUGAAAAUAGCAAAACUAUUUGGAACACAGAGGAGGUCCCAGAAGGGUCUGAAUUUUAUGAUACCUGGGAUCCUAGAGAACAGCCAGAGUAUGAGAUUUUAUUCAAACAGUGUGUGGGGACAGAGGAUGUCUUCUUUGGGAUGAGCAGGAAAGACCCCUCCACAGCCUGCUGUGAAGAUAUAGUGGUAAAAAUCAAGCUGCCAGAGACAAAGUAUGCAGACAUCACAUUAAAUAUCCAGGACAAGGUUCUUGACCUUCGAACUCCCAAAAAGAAGCUGCUGCUGCACCUCCCCUACUGUGUGGACAGCAAGAAUGGUAAAGCUCGUUUUCUCUCUGAAGAGGAGACCUUAGAAGUGACCUUGAGAGUAUCAAGGGAGUUUGAUUUCAUAAAUUUUGCCUGA